AUGGCUGGCAAAUACGAACUCCUGUGCCUCGAGAACCCUCUGCUGGACAUCCAGGGUCAAGGAGACCAAGCAUUGCUCGACAAGUACGGCCUCAAGGCCAACGAUGCCAUUCUUGCCGAUCCCGAGAAGCACAUGGGUCUCUAUGAGGACCUGAUCCAGAACUACAACGCCGUCCUGAUUGCCGGAGGUGCUGCACAGAACACGGCAAGAGGCGCUCAGUACAUCCUCGCUCCCAACUCGACUGUCUACAUUGGCUGCAUUGGCAAGGACAAGUACGGCGAGACCCUUGAGAAGAUCUCGAGCGACGCUGGCGUCAAGACCGAGUACCUCUACGACGAGAAGACCCCCACUGGUCGCUGCGGUGUCGUCAUUACCGGCCACAACCGCUCGCUUUGCACAGACCUGGCGGCUGCCAACAACUACAAGGUCGAGCACUUGAAGCAGGAGCACAUCUGGAAGCAGGUCGAGAACGCACAGGUCUUCUACGUCGGUGGCUUCCACUUGACUGUCUGCGUCCCAGCCAUCAAGGCGCUUGCUGAGGAGGCCGCCGCAAAGAACAAGAUUUUCAUUCUCAACCUCUCCGCGCCUUUCAUCUCCCAGUUCUUCAAGGACCCGCUCGACGAGAUCCUGCCCUACGUCGACAUCCUGAUCGGCAACGAGACCGAGGCCGCCGCAUUUGCUGAGUCGCAUAACAUCGACUCCAAGGAUGUUAAGAAGAUCGCCGAGACCAUCGCAAAGGGCCCCAAGAAGAACACCCAGCGCACAAGGACAGUCGUCAUUACGCAAGGCACCGAGCCGACCGUUGCCGUCACUGCAAAGGAUGGCGACGUCGACGUCAAGGAGGUCAAGGUACACGCUCUCGACGAGGGCAAGAUCAACGACACCAACGGCGCUGGUGACGCCUUCGCCGGUGGUUUCGUUGCCGGUAUCGUCCAGGGCAAGCCCCUCGAGACCGCCAUCGACAUGGGCCAGUGGUUGGCCAAGCUGAGCAUCCAGGAGCUGGGCCCUUCAUACCCCCAGCCCAAGCAGACCUACACUUCCAGCUAAGCGCCGCAACAUGUGAGCGCUGAUGCUCGUGUUUUCAACAAUCUACGAGAGGCAGCUCGACCGCGAAGGUCGGGGUGCGAUCCGAGCCAUUAACAGUGGUAUGCGGCAUGGCCGAGGCAUUUAAAAAGUGUUUUGGCGUAGGAGGAAAAGUGAGGGAUGUGGCCAUUCAACAGCCAUUGCAUAUAUACCCUCGCGUGCAGCAGCCUGCACGCAAGUAGAAAGCGAAAGCGAAAUGAAUUGUAUCGUAUCGCCGAGAUUUUGAAAGUUGUCUAGACAUGUUCAUGUGAAGGUUUGUGUGAAUGUUCGCUCCAUGUACAAUAGAAGCCGUAUCGCAUGCACAUGCCUGUCAUGUUCUGCGAAAAUGAUGUGCGCCCUGC